UACCCACUAAAUGCUCACAUAUCUCCCUCUCCCUCAAAAAUCCUUACCCAAUUAUAUCCAUUUGCAGGCAUUGUAAGUUGGAUUUUCUUCGCCUUCAGAAUGGCACUACACAACGUUUAUAUAACACUCAUGAUCAUCUUGACUUUCAUGCCUUCAACUCUGCAUUCAUCAUAUUCACAACCUAUUCCAAAACUUCCCACACUCUCAUCUUCACCAGCAGCACUAUCCGAUCCUCCUCCAUCUUCACUAACCCCCUUCAGAGAAUUGUCCCCAGACAUUGCUCCACUGUUUCCUUCUCCUGGUGGUGUGUUGCCGACUCCCACCGGCUCUGACAUUCCCACUAUUCCUUCCAAUCCAAGCCCUCCAAACCCAGAUGACUUAAUAGCUCCUGGACCUCUUUCAGCUUUUUCACCAUUUGGAUCAAUGCAGGCUUCCUCCAAUGCCCCUAGAAGAAUCUUAGUUAGUAAUCUAGCCACAACUGUUUUUGCUGGUUUCGCAGUAUAUUGGUCUUUUCACUGUAUUAUAGUAUGAGUGAUUUUGAUUUGUGGGAUGUGGCAGGUUCCAAUUGUUAUAGGCCCCUUUUCUUGUAUGUUAAUUUUUCAUUCUUACCUUGUAGUAUAUGAAAGUGUAAUAAACCCUGGUUCUUCUUGAUUGGCUUGAGAGUAGUUUCCCCAAUAGUAUCAAAUUUCUAUUUCUUGAUUCUACUGUUUAUUUUGGUGUAA